AUGAGCUUAAAAAUAGCAGUGAUUUUAUUUAUAUUUAUAUACAAAGUCUGUCACUGCAGUAAAGAAGAGUGUCAUCUUCGGCCUGUCAUCCAUGUCCUCAAACACGCCGGUUGUGUUCCCAAACCCAUCCCAUCGUUUGCCUGCUAUGGCACAUGUUCUUCAUACGUCCAGGUGUCGGGGUCCAAGUUCUGGCAGGUCGAGCGCUCCUGUAUGUGCUGUCAGGAAAUGGGCGAAAGGGAGGCCUCUAUUGCCAUAUUCUGUCCAAAACAAAUCCCACGGUUUCGUAAAGUUAGACACAUUUCUCUUCUUAUUAUUUAA